AUGCCGCACGAGUUCAAGGACCUCCACACCGUGGCCGAAACAUCUUUCCCAUAUAUUUUUGAACAAAAUGUAACAGUAAGACUCAAAAUUGAGGGAGGUCUUGUCCGUUGCAAUGUGUACCGACCCAAGAACUCGGGUCGCGUUCCGGUUCUGGUUACCUAUGGGCCCUACGGCAAGGAUAUCCACUACAAAGACUUCCAUCCGAAGUCCUUCUCGGAGGUAAAUCCACAACAAAAGUCCGACCAUUCGGCCUGGGAACUACCGGACCCGGGCUUCUGGACGCAGCAUGGAUAUGCCCUUGUUCGUGCUGAUGAGAGGGGCCUGGGACAGUCCCCCGGAGUUCUGGACACUAUGUCCAGGGGCACCAGCGAAGCAUUCUGUGACGUGGUUGAGUGGGCCGCCGAGCAAACAUGGUCGUCGGGUAAGGUCGGACUGCUUGGUAUAAGCUACUACGCAGGCAGCCAAUGGCGCGUAGCAGCACGCAAGCCCAAGGGCCUUUCUGCAAUGAUACCUUGGGAAGGUAUGUCCGAUUAUUAUCGGGAUAGAUGUCGACACGGCGGUAUUCUCUCCAACAGAUUUAUCCGUUUCUGGUGGAAUAGGCAGGUUAUCACUAACCAGUACGGCCGGCCUGGAAGGAGCGCUAGUAACUGGGGACCUGACACGCUCGAGGGAAACCUAUCUGAAGAGGAGCUGACAAACAACCGAAACGACCAGACUGUCGACAACCGCAUAAACAAGUUUCGAGACAACGUCUAUUAUGCAUCGAAAGAGUAUGACAUGGGGGAUAUUGAAGUCCCGCUCCUUUCGGUCGGGAACUGGGGAGGGAUUUUGCUUCAUCUAAGAGGGAAUAUUCAGGGAUACUUGCAUGCUGCCUCUCAAUUCAAAUAUCUCCGCAUGAUCACUGGGAGACACGAUCUGCCGUUCUAUUACGACGAAGAAGUUCAGGUUCAGCUUAGCUUCCUGGAUGCUUUCCUCAAGGGCGAUGAUCGAGUGGGCUGGACACAAGAGGGCAAGGUCGCGCCAGUCAGCCUUGUUCUGCGGAAAGGAGAUGUUGGCUUCAACAACGCUGAAGCAGAGAAAGCAUAUCAACGACGCGAAGAGAAUGAAUGGCCGCUUGCAAGGACGCAAUACGCCAAAUUCUUUCUCACACCCACCUUGGGUUUAACCCAGAACGAGACACUGGCCAGUGAGCGGAAGAAGCUGUCUUACCGGGCCUUGGGCACAAUUGAAGACCCUCAGUAUCUGUCAUUCAGUACUGGGCCCUUCGAUGUGGAGACCGAGAUCACCGGACACGUUACGGCUCAUCUCAAUGUGUCAGUAAGUCCUGACCCGGCCGGACCCACACCAAAGGAUAUGGACCUGUUUGUGACAUUGCGUCACAUUGGCCCUCACGGCAAGGAAAUUUUCUACACGGGGACCGCAGGUGAUCCAGUGCCUCUCACCAAGGGGUGGCUUAGGGUGUCUUUGCGAAAGGUUAAUCGAGGCCACCCGAAGCAUCAACCAUGGCUGCCACAUCGCGACUAUACGAGUCGAGACACCCUGCCUGUCAUCCAGGGUGAGAUCUAUACGGUCGACAUUGAGAUUUGGCCAACCAAUGUCGUCGUGGAGAAGGGCGGGAAAAUCGUGUUCGAGGUGUCCUCGGGUGAUACACAGGGGUCGGGAAUCUUCCUACACGACGACCCGGAAGACAGGCCACCAGAGAUAUUCCAGGGUAUGAACCAUAUCCACUUUGGAUCACAGUUCCGGAACUAUCUGACACUCCCGGUGAUUCCUCCCCGAUAA